UGGCUUGGGCUGUAGUUUGAGGACCCCUGUAACUCACAGCGGUGAGUAGAGAAUCUGGCUCCUCUGAGUCAGUCAAAUAAACAUAAUGGAAAGAAUGCUAAUCUUGGUCAGAAGACCCAUAAUUGAAUCAUAGCCCUUCUCAACACCUGUGUGACUUUAGGCACGCUGUUACGUUAUCUUUCCAGGUCUCGGUAUUUCUCUCUGUAAAACGGGGUCAGAUUUGCUUGCAGAUCUUAGAAACAGAGAAUGUUAGAGCUGACAAGAGGCAGUAGAGAUCAGCUAACCCCGCUUUCUCUUUAUAUUUGGGGAAACUGAGGCCUGUACAAAGGAAAUGCUCAAGGUCAUCCAAGUAGUAAUAAUAACGCUAAUUUUAGUUUCCCUUCCUUUAUCCCUUAUGGCUUAGAUAAGUGCCAUCUUCCUUAACCUCGUGGUGCAAAGGAAGGAACGCUGGGAUUCAAAGCCAGAUGAUGUGGGUUCAAAUCCCAGCUCUUCCACUUAACUACCUGUAAGGUCUCUUCGGGCGCUAAAUCUGAUUUCCUGGGAAGGAGUGAGUGCGUGUCAUCCCCUUUCACAGAGGAGAAAACCCGGUUUAUUUCUCACGUCCCCUGCAGGGACCAUCGCCGCCUCUUCCCAGGAGCCUCCAGGCUUGCCAAGCUUUGGGAGGAGGGCCCGAGGUAGGCGUCCCUGGAGGGGCGAGGAGAGCCCGCAUAUGGGAGCGCGCCCCGCCCCUCGCCUCCCUCCGAGGCGCCGCCCCUCCCGGGCGUGCCCAUUGGUUGCAGGGACGGUGGCGGCCGGAGCUGCCGGAGCGCGCGGGGGCCUGAGCGCGCGCCAGCCCCACGCCAUGUAGCGCGCGCCCCCUCCCGCCCACUCCCAUCCCCAUCCCCGCCCCCGCCCCCCAGGGACCCCGCGCGCCAUGGGGAACUCCCACCACAAGAGGAAGCCCCCCAGCAGCCGGACCCGCAGCUUCUGGCAUUUCGGGCGCCGCCGGGGGAGGCAGGGAACAGGCUCAAGCAAAGCAGACAAUAAGCAGCCAUCAUCAGAUGACCAUCAGGACAAUGUCUUCUUUCCCAGCAGCCGGCCUCCUCACCUGGAGGAGCUGCACUUUCAAGCCCAAGAAGGACUUCGAUCCCUGCAGUACCAAGAAAAACAGAAACAGAACAAGGACGGCUGGGACCAUGGAGAUAGUCAGAGCAUCAAGUCAUCCCAGAUGAGUACCAAGGAUGAGGACUCCAUUUCCUUCUGCAGUCAGAGCACCACAUCUACCAUGGAGAGCUCUGCGGCGGAGGACGCCCUGUCCAUCCGUUCUGAGAUGAUCCAGCGCAAAGGCUCCACCUUCCGACCUCACGAUUCGUUCCCCUCGAAACAAGGAAAGUCUGGUCGGCGGAGGCGAGAAAGGCGGAGCACGGUGCUGGGGCUCCCACAGCACGUCCAGAAGGAGCUGGGUCUGAGGAAUGGGCGUGACCCGCUCGGCACGUCCAGGCCCCCUGCUCGCCUCACCAAUGGGCACGGCGCGGCCGGGGGCGUGGUCCACAUCCCCACGGUGGACGGGCAGCUGGCGGUCCCUGGGAGUGCUGUGCCCGGGGUCCGCGUGUCACUGGUUGCACUGGAAGCAGGGGCCGGGGAUGAGGCUGCCUUACAACGCCACAUCGACAGCGUCUACCGCGACGACAGCCUUGUUGGUCGAAGGACGGGGGCCCGGCUGUCCCCCCUGGUGCGGCCCAAGUCGCUCGCCGUGCCAGGGAUGACGGGUGGGGCAGGACCCCCAGAGCCCCUGAGCCCGGCCAUGUCCAUCUCCCCCCAGGCCACCUACCUCUCCAAGAUCAUCCCGAAUGCUGUUCUGCCGCCCACCGUGGACGUGGUGGCCCUGAGCCGCUGCAGUGUCCGCACCCUGAGCCGCUGCAGCCUCAUGUCCGCCAGCCCGGCCUCCGUGCGCUCCCUGGGCCGCUUUUCCUCCUCCUCCUCCUCCUGCCGACCCCGGAGCCGCCAUGCCUCCUCCUCCAGUGACAACUGGAGCCACUCACAGUCCACAGAAACGAUCGUGUCGGACGGAUCGACGCUGUCGUCGCAGGGGGGCUCGGAAGACCGGGUCGACGGGUUGCCCGCACGCCAGGAGGGCUGCGCCGCCAGCCGGGAGAGCCCCCGGAGCACGGCGGGCAGCGGCAUCUCCACGGCCACGGGCAGCGGGCAGGCUUCGCCCAGCGCGGGCAGUGGCAGGGCCAACGGGUCGGACACCAUCAGCAUUCGGAGCGGACACUCCUCUGCCCGAAGCGUGUCUCUGCGGAAGCUCAAGCGGGCACCGGCGCCCCCCCGCCGGACCUACUCCCUUCACCAGCGGGGCACGGCCGAUGGGGCCCCCGGCCUGCCUCCUAAGCCAGAACGAAAGCAGCCACAGCUCCCUGCUGCUGGAGACCCCGAGGACGUGGCCCCUGGGGCCCAGGUCGCCGCUCUGUCCCCUAGCACCUCCCAGCGCCUGGUGGGCUCCCCGGAGCGUACACUCUCACCUUCCAGUGGCUAUUCCAGCCAAAGUGGCACCCCUACGCUGCCCCCCAAGGGGCUGAUGGGGCCCCCUGCCUCCCCGGGCAAGCCCUCACCGAGGCCGCUCAAACCCGAGCGGGUGUGCUCCCUGAGGUCCGCUGGGACCUCGGCGUCGUCCUCUCUCACCUCCCUCUGCUCCUCCGUUUCGUCCUGUGACCCCGCUCUUGUAGAUAAGGCUGUCCCUGUGCAGCCUCUGGAUGCUCUCUUGCCCCCAGCUAACCCAGCCGACAGGUUUGUCAUUCCCCCUCACCCUAAAGUCCCAGCCCCUUUCUCUCCCCCACCCUCAAAACCUAAGACUCCAACUCCAGCUGCACCUGCUCCUGUUCCGGGUCCCAUUUUUAAUUCUGUUCCUCCUCCCCAGGGGUCAGGGACCCCAGUGAAAUCUCACCUGGAAUCUUCCACACCACCCAAGGGAUCUCCUCCUCCCUCCCCGCCUCCAUCUUACCACCCACCCCCACCGCCCUCUAAGAAAGUGGAGGUCGCGGCCCCAGAGCCCCCGAGUUCUGAUGGGGGGGUCCCUCAGGACCACAGCUGGCCCCCUCCCCCGCCCCCUCCCCCAGAGGAACAGGACCUGUCCAUGGCAGAUUUCCCUCCACCAGAUGAGGCCUUCUUCUCACCCACUAGGCCAGAGUCCCCAGCUCCCCCUGGGGCCUCAACCCCUGGCCCUGCUCAGCCUCCUGCUGCAGUGCAGACCUCUCCUCAGUCAGCAGCCAAGCCCGAGGCACAGACCUCGAGUUCCUUCUUGGCUACCGUCCCCUCACAGGGCCCAGUCCAGGCCGAGUCCCUGCCCACCCCUGGUCCCCCUCCUGAUGCCCCCCCCUUGCCGGCCCCAGCCCUUCAGCCUAGCUCUGGGAAGCCAGCGGAGCCAUCCAAGGAGCCCCUGGGGCGCAGCAAGAGCAUCCCUGCACCCAAGGAAGAUGCCAGCCUGCCUAUUGUCACGCCCUCCCUGCUGCAGAUGGUGCGGCUGCGCUCCGUCACGCCCCCUUCUCCGCCGGCCUCCCAGGAGCCCCCCGCCCCCGCCCCGCAGAAACCACUGCGGAAGGCCCUCUCCAUGCGGGGGGGCCAGGCCCCUGGGUCCUCGACAGGGCUUCACGCUGCCAUGCGCCUCAAAGUUUCCAGUAUGGCCUCCACCGAUGGCCCCCCAAGUCCUCGGUCCAACGGCCCGCCUGAGCCCGAGGCCGCAUCCCCUCGGCCGCAGUCCCCGGCCUCCACCGCCAGCUUCAUCUUCUCCAAGGGUGCCAAGAAGCUGCAGCUGGAGCGGCCUGUGUCUCCUGAGGCCCAGGCUGACUUGCAGCGAAACCUGGUGGCUGAACUUCGGACCUUUUCUGAGCAUCGGGGGCCACAAGCCCAGAGGAAACCCAGCAAGUCCGCUCCACCUGUGGCCCGGAAGCCGGCAGUGGGGGUCCCUCCGCCUGGUUCUCCUGGCAUCAAGCAGGCCGAGAGCCCCUCACCCUCCCCUGCCAACGGACACUCCCACCUCGAGGACAGGACUAAGCGAGAGCGGGCAGAGAAUGGAGGCACUGUGCAGCUGGCAGGCCUGGAGCCGCAGCCGCUGAGUCCUGCUGCCUCAGAAAACCAGAAAGAGCUGGUCUGACCUGAGGGAACGGCGCUCUGGUACUACUGACCCAUCCUAGGAACACACUCUCAGGGACCUGAGCAGGUCGAAGCACGAGAAGGGGAGAACUGGACACAUGCUUAACUUAAUACAAAGGAAGAAUUCAGCCUUAGCCUCCACGGCCUUUGAUAUUUAUGCAAACCUGGUGAGGGUACCUUCCUCACCAAGUUAGGCAGUUUUCUUUUGCCUUUUUACAGAAACAUGGAUACUCCCAGAGUCACCACGUCUCCAUCUCUGACCCUCUUCUGGCUCAGCCGAGGAAGGACAGAUGAUGAGAAGAGGGAGUGGUCUCUGCUGGCCCCAAAGCCCUAGCUCGAAAGAGGCUAGAGCCUGGUCCAGAGCUCCCUGGGAUUUUUGUUUUUAUUAUUCUCCGUUGAAAACAUUUUCUUUCUCCUUUCCCUUAUACCAUCCCUCCCCCACCCCCUCCAAUUUCUGGGAUAAUUAGUCCUAUAAUCAAGCACACAAUAAUAGUAAUGAAUCAAAGCACUUUUCAAAAACAGCUGCCCGUCCAUCUUACAGGGUAGGUGGCUGGCCUUCCAUCUUGCCAGUUGCCACCUCACCUGCCCCUCUUGGAGUGGGGCCUGCCUCCUUUCACAAGGCCCCUGUUUACAUGGCAGCGGUUCUCACUCUCUGGGUUUUUGGCUAGCCUUCUCACCCCACCUGGGGGGUCUGGUGUGCUCUAUUUCUUUGGGUCUUGAGACUUCAGGAGGGGGACAGGUGGCUAGGGGCAGUAGUCCCUGCCUUUGGAGGCAAGGACAAAGCACAAAAGGAUGUACCCAUCCUUUUCAGGAGCCUCCCUGUUAUUUCCCAACUUGGCUCUCCCAACAGGUGCUUCCAUCAAUAGUAGGGGUUGGUACCAAAGUGACCCAAGGCCAGGAGGAAGGGACUUGUCCCCACUCUGUUAUCAGGGCAUCAGAAAUGACUAUUGAGAAUGAAUACAACAGAAGUUGUGCUCACUAGUACUUCUUCUCAGGAGGCCAAGCUUUCUCCCCCCACUCUCUGAACUGAUGUGCUUUUUUCCCUUUUCCCUGGGAUGAGGGAGAUUUCAGCUCAGACACAGGUACUGUUUUUUUUUUUUUUUUUUAAAUCUUCACCUCUUUCAGGGGUACCCACUCACUACCUAGAGGCCGUAGGUUGAACAGGGCCAGAGGAGGGAGGAUGCCUUUUGCCACCUAGACUGGUCUUCAUGUACUUCCUCCACCCUGUUUUGUGGGAUUUCACCCUCUGGAUACAUCUUUGUACCAGAUACUCUCUUAGGAGAUGGCAAAGGCUGAUUGAGAGCCCACUCAUUCAUGCCAAAGGCACCCUUGAACUGUUCUAAGAGUAAUUCCCUUGACUGUUCCUUAGUCCAACUGGUCUGGGAUUCAUAUUUUCUUGGCAAUGAGAAUAGUUGGGAGCAUAGGAACGGUUUAUGAUUAUAGCCUUCAAAAGGUAGGGAAGCCCUUCAACAAACCUUGGCUGUCUCUUCAAUAACCCAGCCUAAAUCUUGACCACGGUUUGAUGAAAACCUUGAACUUGUUUACUCUAUUUAAACCUGAGUACUCUGUAUUUAGUUAAGAUUUGAAACGCUUUCAGAAGUGGCUGGGAGUACUCUAAGGUAGAGGUGAGUGCACAUUGAAUGGGGAGAGGGGAAGGGCUUGUUUUAUUGGAGUGAUCCCUGUGACUGCUCCCCAAAUACUAGGUAGCCAUUGGCCAACUUUUUCCUUUUUUCCCUGCCCUUUCCCCAGGGCUGUUGUCAUUGGGUCCUGGUGAUGUUUGCUGAGCUUGGCUAGGCUGGGGUGUGGGCCUCUUAAAGGCUACUGAGGGAGCUUGACUCCAUACCAGCGUCCUUCUCUUCCUUUGGGUCAUCCGAUACCCAGUCUCACUACUGGCUGUCUCAUUCCGAAUAGAGAGAGAAAUCACUUACCACUGUAUGUACUGACUGCCGAGCUCUGCCCACAACCUUGAUAGAAUGGGAUGUGAGAGUAAGCUUGAGAGACACUGUUGGACCUGCCCGUGGAAAUGCUGAGGUUUGGGAGGGAGCGCUUCCCCCUGUCCGUUCUAAACUGCCACCUGACCCUCCUUGCUCAAUUCUUCUGUUACUGGAGUCCUGUCCCUUCCUGUGAGGGUUGCCUCUGAGAAUGCCCAGCUCUCACCCACCCUUUUCUGGUUGGACAGAGAACAUGGCAGUGGGGACCAAGAAAGGGGGGAAGGGAAGGGGCAAGUCCCUGCCUUAUCCCCUUGGGGAACCAAGCUGGACCUAGCACUAACCGAGACCAAAAGCCUCUGAUUUUUAUUGUUCUAUAGAAAUGUUAGAUAUAGAGAAAUAUAUAUACAUAUAUAUUUCUUUAAACAUUGAUCUCACUUUGAUUGUUGAAAAAAAAGCCAAAAAAAACACCAAACCCCAACCUUCCAAACUCCUACCCCAAUACUCCAGAAGACCUCAACCCUCUACCUUGAAAAGUCUAAAGUGAGAUACAAUGACAAACUGUAUGUUUUGGUUAAAAUAUGUUAAUUAUAUGAUUAAAGCUGAUUGGUUGUUGCUUCUUUCUUGAUAUGGGCUAGAUGGCAUAGAUCAGUGUGUGAGCCCCAGCUCUUGCUGCCCUUUUAGAAAUCUGAGUAGUUAAAAGUUUCAGAGGGUAUGGGACUCCAACUAGGAUCUAAGCCGAACCUUGACCCUGUCCCUUUUGAGGCGAGGCGUCUGAAGCCACCAGGCUUCUCACUCCACACUUUCUAGCUUUAGUGGCCGUACCAAUAUACCCUGCUCUGGACCCCGGCCUUCCCCUGGGCCCCUACUGGAGUUGGAAGUGCUUGGCGUGGCAAGGCUCCUCUCCCACAGCUGACACCCCUGUCUGGAGAGAGCCGAAGUGUCCGUGUCACUGGGGCUGGGCCGCAGCUCUGGGCCAGGCAGAUGGUGGCUUCCCUGCUGCCACGACACGCUGCUUCCAUUCCCCCAGAAGGCUACACACAGGUGCUUUCAGUUAAGACAUUUAUUCUGAUUUAUGACAAUGAUUCAGAUUAUGAAGUCACUUCCCACCCUCUUUAAAAAGACGCCCCCUCCCUAGCAUGGUGUGAUGCUAAUGAUCCACACACCUGGUUUAGGGUGUGGGGAGAUCUGGGGAUGAAGGGUUUCCGGGUACAGCUCAGGGAGCCUUGGUAGGAAGAUGGCAAAGGGGCCAAGGAGAUGGUCAGACAAGACCAGGUUCUCUGCUUUCCCUCUUUUGGGGAGUUGGGAUGUUGAACAAUCAUUCCUCGUAAACAUUUGCCUUCCCAAACCCCACAACUUCCUGAGAAGCUGUAAUUAGCCCAUUUCUGGCACCGAGCUCCAGCCAGAGGCACAGCCCCUGAAGCACAGCUGCCGGAUCCCCACUGGAAAGCCAAGGAACAGAUCGUUUUCCAAUUUGAACAAUUACAGCAUAUUCCUCCCCCCUC